CUGACAGUCCUUUUAUACCACCUCUUUGGGAACACAUGGAGAGGUGCAGCUGAAGUGUCCUGUUUGUGACCUUGUCUUCCAUCAGGGAUGUGACUUGCCCAGGAAAAAGCAAGUCCAGUGUGGUCGAUUUGGCAUAGCCCCAAGUGUUUGUCAUUCCAAAGGUUGCUGUGUGGAUCCCAAAACCUCUCACUGUUACUAUCCUAUGGACACAUGCACCAUUGACAGGCACUUCGUGUUUGUGGUCUAUCGAACCUCCUCCAAACCAGAUGUGGACCCUGGCAGCCUGUAUGUUUCUAAUCACUCGUGUGCACCUGUGAUCUGCACCCCAGACUUUGCCAUUUUCAAGAUUCCUCUGACUGGGUGUGGUACUCACAAAUUUGUGAUUGGGGAGACUUCCAUCUACUUGGCAGAUGUGUUUGGGAAAAGGUACAAGAAUCGUCAAAUGUACGGCCAAAUCCUGAGACAUGCCCCUUACCACUCCCAAAUUGAAUGCCGCUACUCAAAAGGGACACAUGCCAGCACUGGCUACAUGGUGGUGAAUAGUCCUGCUCUACCAGAUGUCGUCUCUUCUGGAGCAUUGGGAGUAGUUCUGAGAAUUGCUAAAGAUGACAGCUACACCACCUUCUUCCCAGACACACAAAUUCCCCUCAGAUAUUUGUUGGGAAGCAAGAUCUUCCUGGAAGUGAAAAUAGUAAACCCACCUACUCCAGAGGUGGUGCUGUUGGUGCACUACUGCAUUGCAUAUCCCAGGUCUUCAGAGAACGUCUGGGUGCUGAUGUACAAUGGCUGUCCAAAUGCCCUGGAUUAUGGUACUGGCCUUCAUCUGAAGGACCACAACUGGCAGCCUGUGCCAAAGCAUAUCAGACGCUUUGAUAUAACAACAUUCCAGUUUAUGGAUGCCAAAGAGAAUCUUCUAGAUGAGGAGAUUUACUUCAUGUGCUCAACAGAGAUUUGUUCACAUAAAGAAUCGUGUGUUGAAGGCUGCUUUGAUGGAAGACAAAUGACAGUUCCUCAGUCAGAAUGGGGAAGGCUUUGUGCUGGCAAACCCUGUCCUAGGCAGCUUCGUGUAGAAAGAGCCAUAGCAGACCAUGGAAGCCUCCUCUGGAGAGAUGCUCCUAGCAAAGAGGCAAAACUGAAGCAAAGUUCCUGAAGUAAGCCGUUAUGGGCUGUUUGUCAAAGUAC